UGAUGAUGAUGGUGGUGAUAAAAUGAAAGCCCACCAAAAGGCAGCACAAAAACUAUACCAAAAAGAAAGAUUAAAAAAAAAAAGGAAAGAAAUCUUAUUCAACAGACUCCAUAAUUAAUUGAAAUAAUUGCAACUUGCCUUAGGAUCUCCCAAACAAGUCCACAACAACCACAGCCCACUGUAGCAUGUAGCUGUCAUGCUCUCCAGCUCAUUUUUUUUUAUAAGAUAUGCACACCAGCCCUUAUCUGACGCACCACCGGCGCACAUGCGCAUGCCCCCGCGCGCACGUUAGCUCCGGAAGCUGCCGCAAGUGCAACAAAUUCAUUUGUACACCUCAGAAAUCAAAGCUAAAGUACGCGACACAGCGGCGACGCAGUUGUUGCCGAUGCCGAGUAAAAGCAAAACCCAAUCAGCUCACCCUUUUUUAUUUUGUUUUAAUUUUUCAAAGCAGAAACUUUCAAAAACAGCACACCGAUUUUUAUUUUUAAUUUUUUGUUUUUAUAUAAGGGCAGAAAUCCGAAGCACGCAAUUGUUUGGUACUACUUCUUGUUUUCGCAACCAGUGCCUUUUUCUUCACCUUCAAUCUAAAGCCUAAAGGCUUCUCUCAUAUUUUGUGUAGCUUUCGAUCAUCUUUUGUUCCUGCAAUUGUUUAUUCUUUUCAUCUUUCUGGUUCUGAUUCCGAGUUGAUUUGGUUGUUGAGUCGUUGUUCAUGGCCGUCUCCCCUCAGGCUUUUCCGCCAAGGAAGCGCCGGCCCUCCGCCGGAUCCUUCUUCUCCCCGCACUUCUCCGACCUUAAGCUCCUUCAGUGUCUGCUCCUCCUCUCCCAGGAAGUCGGCAGUCUAAAGCCCUUGCAGUUCCUUCUAAAGAGAAAUGCGUCUUCUGUUAUUCGCAAGUCCAAGCUCCUCACAAUCUUCUUCGAUGAGCUUCUGCGCAAUCAGAUCUCUUCCUUCUCUGCUUCCGCCAUCCUCUGCUUCGAAGAGAUGUACAUAGUUUUGCAGAGAGCCAAAACGUUGAUUGAAGAUUGUUCCAAUGGGAGCAAGAUGUGGCUUCUAAUGCAGAACGAGUCGGUUGCUAACAGCUUUCACGAGCUCACUGUUGAUUUGUCGACGCUGCUGGAUAUAUUUCCUCUAAAAGACGUUCAUCUGAACGACGAUGUUGCCGAGCUGGUACUUAUGAUCAGAAAGCAGUCCAGCGGAACCAAAGCUUAUGUGGAUCCCCAGGACCAGGCUCUCAGAUUCAAGGUGAUAAAAUUGCUCGAUCAAAUUGAAAGAGAGAUUGUUCCGGAUCACUCAGUGCUAGCCCAGAUCUUCGACAGAUUAGGAUUGUGCGAUUCAGCGAGUUGCAGAGACGAGAUGGAGAGCCUUGAAGAUGAGGUUCUGAAUCAAACAGACGAGAAAUCGAGGGCCGAAUUGGUCGCGUUGAUCGGUCUCGUUCGUUACGCGAAAUGCGUCCUCUUCGGUGCCUCGACGCCGCGCGCCGACAGCCGGCGGCGGAAGCAGGUCGCGGAUACAAAUAUUCCGGUGGACUUCCGGUGUCCCAUCACUCUAGAUUUGAUGCGGGACCCAGUCGUCGUGGCAACGGGACAGACGUUCGAUCGACCGUCCAUCAGUUCCUGGAUCAACGCAGGACACAAAACGUGCCCAAAAACAGGUCAGACCAUGGCCCACACGGACUUGAUCCCUAACCGCGCCCUGAAGAACCUCAUCGCUUUGUGGUGUCGCGAGCAGAGAAUCCCAUUCGAAACAACGGACGUCAACGACAGACCUAACGGCGUUACAAUGAACAAGACGGCGCUGGAAGCCACGAAGAUGACGGCGUCGUUUUUAAUAAAAGAAUUAACGACGUCACAGUCGGCGGAAACGGCGAACCGCGUGGUUCACGAGCUUCGGGUCCUAGCCAAGACAGACUCGGAUAGCCGAGCCUGCAUUGCCGAAGCUGGAGCCAUACCUCACCUCGUUAGAUACUUAGCCUCGGACAACCCGAGCCUACAGGUUAACGCCGUUACGACGAUCCUCAACCUUUCAAUACUAGAAGCAAACAAGACGAGGAUUAUGGAGGCCGACGGAGCACUAAACGGCGUCGUCGAGGUGCUCCGUUCCGGCGCCACCUGGGAGGCAAAGGCGAACGCGGCGGCGACCAUAUUCAGCCUCUCCGGCGUACACAUAUACAAGAAGCGACUUGGGAGGAAGACACGUGUCAUCAGGGGAUUGAUCGAUUUGGCUAAAGUGGGACCCAAAUUGUCAAAGAGGGACGCUUUAAUGGCCAUUUUGAUUUUGGCCGGAGAUAGAGAGGCCGUCGGGAGGUUGAUAGAGGAAGGGGUUGUGGAGAUGACCAGUCAAGUGAUGCGGGAGUUGCCGGAGGAGGCGGUGACGAUUCUUGAACUGGUGACUCGAAGAGGCGGGUUGGCAGCCAUCGCCGCUGCAUAUCAUGCGAUUAGGAAAUUGGCGAUGGUGUUGAGGGAAGGGUCGGAGAGAAGCAGGGAGAGUGCGGCGGCGACGCUGGUUUAUAUUUGCCGGAAAGGGGGGUCGGAGACGGUGGCGGAGCUUGCGGCGGUGCCGGGAAUCGAGAGAUUACUAUGGGAAUUGAUGGGGACGGGAAGUUCGAGGGCCAAGAGGAAGGCAGCGACGCUGUCGAAGCUCCUCAGGAGAUGGGCGGCCGGUUUGGACGAAGGUCUAAUGUCAGGGUACACCACCAUGGCUGCAUCAAGGAUUGUGUUGUCAAACUAAUUAACCUUUUGUCUGAUUAUUUCGUUUAAUUUGUAAAGAUUACAAAAGAACGUAACGCUCUCAAGAAAAAUUGAUAGUGUUUCGUAUUUUUUUAUAUCUUAUAUUUUUAUAUUUGUUUGAAACAUUUUUUAUUAUGUAAAAUGCCUUGGAUCGAUAGUUGAAUUUGUUAUUUGAAUGUGAGCUCAUAAACACAUAAAUUUGUUGGUUGUC